AUGAGCUCAACAUCUUCAAUAAUUACAAUGAUUCAAUAUAGAAUGAAAGAUAAAGAUGAUAAAAUUAAAGAUCUUAAAAAAAGAAUAGAAGAACUUGAACAAAAACAAAAUAAACUCAAUGAAGCAUUAAAACAGGAUUCUUUAAAAUUUAUUUUAGUUUUAUUAACUA